AUGUAUACGAUCGAUGUCUACGGACCACUGAACGGUGCUUCGGCCAUGGCUGCAAAUGGACUGCUGCGAUAUAUUCUCAGUGGAUGCUUCCCGUUGUGGACAGUCCAAAUGUACGAAGCACUUGGCAUCGGCUGGGCGACAUCACUGCUAGCUUUUGUCUGCGUGGCAAUGCUGCCCAUUCCGUUCAUCUUCUUCAAAUACGGACCCGCAAUCAGACGCAGGAGUCGUUAUGACACUAUCAAAGACUAG